ACCUGAGGAUGGUGACUGCUGCACACUCACCUCAUCCUGUCGUGUUGUGGAGGCAGACAGCAGCCACAGCCUGGGAGCAGCAGCCACAAAGGGACAGCAAGCAAUGCCCUGCAGCAGAUGGAGCAGCACCGCUGGGACACACGGAGACUGCAUCCCAUCCACGGCCACCCGAGAGGAGCACAGAGCCCAGCAGCACAGAGCAUGGAGAGGCAAGCCUGGGGACAAAGACCCAAGACGGAUCCCACAGCAGAACGAACGUGUUCACCUUGGAGAUACAGAGGUUGGUGAUCUGAGAUUUCGGCUCUUCCCCCGCUGUUCAAACAAGCGCCAGGAAGAUGAAUAUCCAGGGCAAGGGCUUCCCUCUGGACCUCGGAGGAAGCUUCACUGAAGAUGCUCCAAGGCCACCGGUCCCUGGUGAGGAGGGUGAGCUUGUGUCCACGGACCCAAGGCCAGUCAGCCACGGUUUCUACUCCAGUAAGAGCGAUGCUGUUAGAAAUGAGACCUCCACCGCAACCCCGCGGCGCUCCGACUUGGAUCUGGGCUACGAACCCGAGGGGAGCGCUUCGCCAACUCCACCCUACCUGAAGUGGGCCGAGUCGCUGCACUCCUUGCUGGACGAUCAAGACGGUAUCAAUCUCUUCAGGACUUUCCUGAAACAGGAGGACUGUGCGGAUCUGCUGGACUUCUGGUUUGCCUGCAGCGGCUUCAGGAAGCUGGAGCCGUGUGUGUCCAAUGAGGAAAAAAGACUCAAACUGGCAAAAGCCAUUUACAAAAAGUACAUUCUCGACAACAACGGCAUUGUGUCCCGGCAGAUCAAACCAGCCACAAAAAGCUUCAUAAAAGACUGUGUCAUGAAACUGCAGAUUGACCCUGACAUGUUUGACCAGGCCCAAACUGAGAUUCAAUGCAUGAUAGAAGACAAUACCUACCCUUUGUUCCUUAAGUCGGAUAUUUAUUUGGAAUACACAAGGACAGGUGGGGAAAGUCCAAAAAUUUAUAGCGAUCCGAGCUCAGGGUCUGGGACAGGUAAAGGGCUACCUGGUUAUCUGCCUACUCUGAAUGAGGACGAGGAGUGGAAAUGUGACCAAGACACCGAGCCUGAGGCCAGCAGGGACUCCGCGCCCUCAAGCAGGCUCACCCAGAAGCUGCUUUUGGAGACUGCAACCCAGCGUGCCACCUCGACCCGGCGGUACAGCGAGGGCAGGGAGUUCAGGCAUGGGUCAUGGAGAGAACCUGUUAACCCUUACUAUGUCAACACGGGAUAUGCCAUGGCACCAGCCACCAGUGCCAACGACAGCGAGCAGCAGAGCAUGUCCAGUGAUGCGGAUACGAUGUCGCUCACAGACAGCAGCAUAGAUGGGAUCCCACCGUACAGACUCCGGAAACAGCAUCGCAGAGAGAUGCAAGAAAGUGCCAAAGCAAAUGGACGUGUGCCACUACCUCACAUUCCUCGUACAUAUCGAAUGCCAAAGGAUAUCCACGUUGAACCAGAAAAGUUUGCUGCAGAACUGAUCAAUCGUUUGGAAGAAGUACAGAAGGAACGUGAAGCAGAGGAGAAAUUGGAGGAGCGCCUUAAACGCGUCCGAGCGGAAGAAGAAGGCGAGGAUGCAGAUAUCUCUUCUGGUCCUUCAGUCAUUAGCCACAAGAUGCCUUCCGCCCAACCUUUUCAUCACUUCGCCCCUCGCUACUCUGAGAUGGGCUGUGCUGGGAUGCAGAUGAGAGAUGCACAUGAAGAAAACCCAGAAAGCAUCCUGGACGAACACGUGCAGCGUGUGAUGAAAACACCAGGCUGUCAGUCUCCAGGCCCCGGCCGCCACUCUCCCAAGCCACGGUCUCCAGAAAGUGGUCACUUAGGAAAGCUGUCAGGGACACUUGGAACAAUUCCUCCAGGGCACGGCAAACACACAACGAAAUCAGGAAUGAAACUGGAUGCAGCUAACUUAUACCACCAUAAACACGUCUACCACCACAUCCAUCACCACAGCAUGAUGAAACCAAAAGAGCAAAUUGAGGCCGAGGCCACGCAGAGGGUGCAGAACAGCUUUGCUUGGAAUGUAGAUUCACAUAACUAUGCAACAAAGUCAAGAAACUACUCUGAAAACUUGGGCAUGGCCCCUGUCCCCAUGGACUCUUUAGGCUACAGUGGGAAAGCAAGUCUGCUCUCAAAAAGAAAUAUUAAGAAGACCGAUUCAGGGAAAAGUGAUGGUGCCAACUAUGAGAUGCCAGGAUCUCCUGAAGACGUGGAGAGAAACCAGAAGAUCCUUCAGUGGAUCAUAGAAGGAGAGAAGGAGAUCAGCAGGCAUAAGAAAACAAACCAUGGCUCUUCAGGUGCUAAGAAGCAGCUGUCCCAUGACAUGGUCCGACCCCUCUCCAUCGAGCGGCCUGUUGCAGUGCAUCCGUGGGUCAGUGCCCAGCUUCGGAACGUCGUCCAGCCUUCACACCCUUUCAUCCAAGAUCCUACCAUGCCACCCAACCCAGCACCCAACCCACUCACCCAGCUGGAAGAAGCUCGCAGGAGGUUGGAGGAGGAGGAAAAGAGAGCUGGAAAACUCCCACUGAAACAAAGGUUGAAGCCCCAGAAGAGACCGGGCAGUGGUGCUUCCCAGCCGUGUGAGAACAUCGUGGUUGCUUACUACUUCUGUGGAGAGCCCAUCCCGUACCGUACCCUCGUCAAAGGGCGCGUGGUGACGCUGGGACAGUUCAAGGAGCUGCUGACCAAGAAAGGGAACUACAGGUAUUACUUUAAGAAAGUGAGUGAUGAGUUCGACUGCGGUGUGGUCUUUGAGGAGGUGCGGGAGGACGACACCAUCCUGCCCAUCUUCGAAGAGAAGAUCAUUGGGAAGGUGGAGAAGAUCGACUAGGCUCCAGGGCUGCAGAGGCAUUGAGGAAAGGACUGUGAAAGACUCUGGGACUGGAGGAGAAAGAAGGUCUGGGGCAGACGCUGGCGGUGCUACUCCAGGAGGUGCUGGGCGAGCCCAGGGCGCAGCCCGCUCUGUGCCAGGACCUGGGCAAGCUCUGUUGUGCCAUGGGAAGUCGUUUCACCCCACAAACCUGCCAGUGGGAGCCUGGGCUCCCUCUCCGUACCGAAUAUAAGUGUAAUGUAGCAUUGUACAGUGCAUUAGAAAGUGUAAAAUGAACUUGUUUACUAAAGCUGCAUAUUUUUGAUAUAUUGUAAUAAAAGGAAAAUAUUUCCAAUGUCA